AUGUCACCAACAAAUACAUCAAAUAUAAUUGCUACAGAAAGAGAAGUAUGUCUUCGAUUUAUUGGAGCAUUUAAUUUUCUUUUAACACCACUUAUGCUUGAAUGUUUAACAACAUAUGAUAUUCAUCCAAUAUCUACUCUUGAUGGUCUUCAUGU